UAUCUUAUUCUUCUUCUCUCGUAUAAAUUGGGAGCCUAGGGUUUUUUGCUCUACAGUAUCGGUAGAUUUCUUUCCCUUUCAACGGUUCUUCAUAUUAGGGUUUUUGAGAUCAAUUUCAGGGCGUUUUUGGAUUAGCAAUAUAUUGUUUUCAAUUUCGAGACGAUGCCUCCGCGAGUGGUCAAGAGAGGAGCAGCGGCUGGAGGGCUGAAGAGGGCGGGGAGAGGUGGAAGAGUGACGGGAAAGCAGCAGAAUUCACUGCAGGAGGAGGCGGUGAAGGUGGAGGAGGUCCAGAUCGAGGAGAAGACGGUUGUUGAGGAGAAGCCGGUGAUCCAAGAGAAGCCUGUUGUCGUCGAAGAAAAACUUGUGGUUUUGGCUAAUAAGCUCUUGGAUUCUGGACCGGGAGCUGGAGCUGGAUCAAGAUCGGAUACGCAGAGUGCCGUUGCGGUGAAAAAGGAAGAAGAGAUGAAGGAAUCUGGAGAUGAAUUUGAAAAAGAUGAGCGCUUAGAGCUCGAUGAUAAUGAACCUGAGGAAUAUGGUGGCGACUACGAUGAUAGGGAAAUAGAGCAAGAGGAUGUUCAGGACGAGGGGGAUGAGCCUGUGGAAGAGCUCGAGGAGGAGGAGAAUAUAGGCGAAGAGGAAGAUGGCGAUAUGGUAGAGGAGGAAAUCAUCGAAGAGGUUGCUGAAGAAAUUGAGGGUGAAGUGGAACCAGAGCAUUCUAGUGAGGAACCAGAGCAUGCAGAGGUUUAUGUGGAGGAAGAGGAUCACCAUGAUGUUAUUAAGGAGAGACGCAAACGCAAGGAGUUUGAAGUAUUUGUUGGGGGCUUGGACAAGGAUGCUACCGAGGAUGAUAUUAGGGAAGUUUUUAGUCAAGUUGGUCAAGUUACUGAAGUCAGGCUGAUGAUGAGUCCUCUGACCAAAAAGAACAAAGGUUUUGCGUUCUUGCGUUUUGCUUCCGUUGAACAGGCAAAGCGAGCGGUUACAGAGUUGAAACACCCAGUGAUCAAUGGUAAACAAUGUGGUGUCACUCCCAGUCAAGACAGUGACACUCUUUUUCUGGGUAAUAUAUGCAAGACAUGGACAAAAGAAGCUCUGAAAGAGAAACUCAAACAUUAUGGAGUUAACAAUGUUGAUGAUAUCACUUUGGUAGAAGAUAGUAACAAUGAAGGAAUAAAUCGGGGAUUUGCAUUUUUGGAAUUUUCGUCUCGUUCAGAUGCCAUGGAUGCUUUUAAGCGCCUUCAGAAGAGAGAUGUUUUAUUCGGUGUCGAUAGACCCGCAAAGGUUUCUUUUGCCGAUUCGUUCAUUGACCCUGGUGAUGAGAUCAUGGCACAGGUCAAGACUGUGUUUAUUGACGGAUUGCCUGCUUCUUGGGAUGAGGAUCGUGUGCGUAAGCUUUUAAAGAAAUAUGGGGAGGUCGAAAAGGUUGAGCUUGCACGGAAUAUGCCAUCUGCUAAGAGAAAGGAUUUUGGUUUUGUUACAUUUGACUCUCAUGAUGCUGCUGUGACAUGUGCAAAAAGCAUAAACAACGCAGAGUUAGGUGAAGGAGACAGCAAGGCUAAAGUUAGGGCCAGGUUGUCGAGGCCACUUCAGAGAGGCAGGGGAAAACAUGUGAGUCGUGGAGAUUUUCGUUCUUUGCAUGGGGCUGGUAGAGCUGUGAGGGGUCCAUAUGGUCGCCCUGAGCUACAUAGCUUACCAGGGCGUGGAGUGAGAGGAAUUGGAAGCCGCCUUUCCCCUGUAAGCGUGAAGAGGCCCAUUGUAAUAAGAGACAGACGCCCUCCUGUUAUGUCAAUGGCAGCAAGAGGCAGGCCGUUGCCUCCUCCUAGAUCCUAUGAGAGAAGAGCACCUGCUCCAUCAUACCCAAAAAGUAGCUUUAAGCGGGACUAUGGUCGGCGUGAUGAGCUUCCACCUCCUAGGAGAGUUGCAAUAGAUUAUGGUUCCAGGGCAGCUGUGGAGAGGCGCCCGUCUUCAUAUAGGGAUGAGUACUCACACAGCUCUGGCUAUUCUGAUAUACCUGGAAGUACUUCCCGAACUGUGGCAAGGAGAGCUUAUUUAGAUGAUGGCUAUAGUCCGAGGUUUGAAAGGCCUCCUCCAAGUUAUCGUGGCGGUCGUGCCCGUGAUUAUGACUCCAUAUCUGGGUCAAAACGGCCAUAUUCUGCAAUGGAUGAUGUUCCUCACUGUUAUUCUGAUUCUACUGUCCGCCAUUCAAGGGCUCGGGUGGAAUACGAACUUGGUGGCAGUGCAUCCCAAUAUGGGGAUGCUUAUGGUGAUAGCAGACUUGGGAGAUCUAAUAUGGGAUAUGGUAGCAGCCGAGGUUCUAUGUCAAGUCAGGGUUCACAUGGGGUAUAUAGCAGUCGUCAGGGAAUGGGUUAUGGAGGAGGUUCUUAUGGUGGGGGUGGUGGUGGUGAUUCUGAAAUGUACUCUUCAAGCUAUGGUGGUGAUUACAUGUCUCGUGGACGUGAUGUUGGUGGUAGUUCUUACUCAUCACUAUACUCUGGUCGUGGUGUGGGUGGCAGCAGUUAUAUGGGCAGUGGUGGUUCCAGUUCAUACUAUUGAAAUUGGACAUGACAAGAGGCUGCUGUAGGAUUUGCUCUAUCUGAUGGUCCUGCAUUUUGAUGCCUGUAUCUGGGGAGAUUGGUUGUUGCCAAGCAUAAUAUAUCUGUAUAUCUGAUCUGAAGGAGAAGGUUAAGUGUAAUGUUGUUACCGAAAAGGAAGUGCCUGAGUUGGUUCAAGCCAUAAAGAGAUCUAGAGACUGGUUAUCUAACUGAGACAUAUUUGUUAGGAAUGAAAAAGAGAAUCGUUGAGUGUAUAUUAUGUAUGAAUUUCAUCUCUUUUCCUUAAGGAACUCCAACUGGUGGAUAUGGGUUAUUCUGCAUCAGCCAUUUAAAUGGACACAUUAUUAAUUAAUGGAAUUGAUAUGUUCCUCUAUAUAUGCCUCGAGGAAUAUUUAGAUUGUUGGC